AUGGCUUUAAUUAAAAUGUUGGAAUAUUUCGACAAUGAGCAUCCAAUAGAUCUUUUAUUCGCUAAUGCUGAUGAUAGUGAUGCUGUAGAAUGGGAAGAUGCAUGGAAACGAUUAAUUGAAGUUAAUUAUAUGGGCAAUAUCUGUACUGUAAUGACAGUUUACAAAAAGAUGAAAGAGCGAAAUUUCGGACAAAUUGCAAUGGAUGCUAAUGUGAAUAGCACAAUUUCAUCGAAAGUUAUUACAGAUUUGCCUCCCAAACAAUCCACUGCCCGAUCUUCAUGCCCCGUUAGAGUUGAUAUGAAAUUCG